UAUAAGUAGCAGAGAUGAAUCUCUAGUCAUUUUGUUACUAUCAAGCGUUCCAAUCAAUACCAGUAAACACUUUUAUUUUAAUUUUUUACAUGUCUGUGCUUAUUCUUUUUGCCAGUAUAUUUUUUUAGCAUGAGGACACUCAUGUUCUCAGCAUAGAUUGAAAUCAAGUUUUGCUCUUUGUUGACAAGUCCAUUAAGAAUCUUGUAAUCCAUUUAAAGGGAAUGUCAACAGACCGCAUUGAGAGCCAUUGUAAACAAUCAGAUGUGAAAUGUUCUAUUAUGGUUUGCCGUCUACGGUAAAGCAUGUCUGCAUGAGUAGUCGCCCGUCUCAGGUGUCACACUCUAAUGUGUGUCAUCAAGAGAUAGGCCCACAUCUGUCCACGUAGCAGGCUUUUAGCUGCUCCUUCACUGAACAGCAAAAAGCCGCACACUGUAUGCAGAGAGGGUGUGCCUCUUCUAUUCGAGUCAUAAAAAAAAAAUAAAAAAAUAAAAAAAAAGAGAAGAAAAAAAGCGAGUUAUCGAUCAGUAAUAUUCACACUGAGCACAGGGAAGCUGAGACAAAACAGGAGGAGAUACAGCAUGGUAACAGAUCUCACUGACUGCUGUUGAACAAGAGCGAAAUCAGUCAGUGCUCCAUUGGCGUGCGUUGCUGGUAUCAUCGCACCCCCUCGAGAGAUUCAUGGGAAAACUCCGCAGAGGGGAAGGAUCUGCGGGGAUCUAGGAGCAGAGACGCUUUUGGUGGAAGAGGGUAUAUCUGACUUUGUCCCGUGAUUAGAGACUUGGAGUUUAUCUGCUUUUCACUCAAGCUUCUUACCAGAUGGGAAUGAGCCACAGCUUCUUAUCAUUGGUUUCUGAAGGUCAAAGGUGAAGAUGCUGAGCUUACUGGUGGCCUGGCCGUAACUAUGGUAGUUGAGGUGAGGCUUCCUCCCUCCUCGUUGGUCAAAUUUCGUCUUUUCACAUCAUGCUGGAAGACCCCGCUAUUUCUGCGCCUUACAUGGUGGUGGAGUUGCUGAUCGCCAUCUUCUCAGUGCUGGGCAAUGUACUGGUCUGCUGGGCCGUGUUCAUCAACAGCAACCUGCAGAACAACACUAACUUCUUUGUGGUGUCGCUGGCCGUGGCCGACAUUGCAGUGGGAGUCCUGGCUAUUCCGUUCGCCAUCGUCAUCAGCAUCGGCUUUUGCUCCAAGUUCUACGGGUGUCUCUUUAUCGCCUGCUUCGUGCUCAUCCUCACCCAGAGCUCCAUUUUCAGCCUGCUGGCCAUCGCCAUGGACCGCUACAUUGCAAUCAAGCUACCUCUCAGGUAUAACAGCCUGGUGACGGGCCAGCGCGCACAGUGCAUCAUCGCCGUCUGCUGGGUUCUCUCUAUCGUCAUUGGCCUCACCCCAAUGAUGGGCUGGCACAAGAUAUCCCAAAAAGAAACCGGCAACUGCCCACCGGGACUCAUGACGUGCCUCUUUGAGGAGGUGGUGGUCAUGGAUUAUAUGGUGUACUUUAAUUUUUUUGCCUGCGUCAUGAUCCCCCUGCUGCUGAUGCUAGCCAUCUACCUGUGUAUAUUUAUGGCGGCUCGUCGCCAGCUCAAGCUCAUUGAGGUCAAGGCGGUUCAUGGGGAAAAGUCACGCUCCACGCUCCAAAAAGAGGUCCAAGCCGCCAAAUCUCUUGCCAUCAUUGUGGGACUGUUUGCUGUCUGUUGGCUGCCCUUGCACAUCAUCAACUGUUUCACUCUUUUCUGCCCCAAGUGUCAGCGUCCGCCGCUGUUAGUCUUGUACGUGGCCAUCAUCCUGUCGCACGGCAACUCUGUGGUCAACCCUUUCAUCUACGCUUACCGCAUCCGUGAGUUCCGGCAAACCUUCCGAAAAAUAAUACGGCGUCACAUUUUAGGUCGGCAGGAACUGCCGGAGGGAAACACCUGUAAUCGCAACUCACUUCACAGCAGCUUCACCGACUCCAUCAGGCUCAAGGCCAAUGGCCUCAGCUUCGACUUUGGCGCUGAGCGUGGCGAUUCCGAAAACUCCGCUCGUGUCUCUCCUGUAGGGGGCGGUUUGUUGGCGGCAUCCCAAACCCCCCUGUCACUCGUUGUCCCCAAUGGUCCUAAAGUGGAUGCCGUCAGACUGACUCAAACACAUGUCUGUCAUGGCGGACUGUAUUUGGUGCCAUCAGAGGGUGUGGAAGUAAAUAAACCACAGAACCAGCGCCCCAUCCAGGAGCAACCAACGAUAAACAGGCAGAAAAGGGGAAGUAGUCCGAGUGAGCUGAUGUCUUGACGCAAAAUGAAGUCAUGAACCACUGGUCAAAAUGUCUUGAAUAGUCCAAAAAGGAAUUAUUAUUUGGGCCAUUCCAAAAUUGAAGGAUAUUUGGGCUUCAAAGUGCUUCUCUUAAAUUAUUCUGAUUCUCUGCAACAUAGUCAUCAAUAAAAGCUUAAUCUUACAGAUAAACGAAAUGGUUUUCAUUGAUUUUUUUGGAGGGUGUUUACAGGAAUCGGUAUAUUCACAGAAGGAGGUGGGUAGUAGCGUGCUACGUUUACUCUGUUACAUUUACUUGAGUAACUUUUUGAGAAAAAUGUACUUCUAAGAGUAGUUUUACUAAGCUGUACUUUAUACUUGAGUAGAUUUGUGAAGAAGAAACUCUACUCUUACUCCACUACUUUGGGCUACACUAGUGGUUACAUUUUAUCAUUUUAUUCAACCUAUUAGUUUUUCCUUUUUUUUGCCAACAGUUGCACUACGACGUAGAGAUGUCCCGAUCGAUCGGGUCCGAUCACGUCAUUAUCAAAGUAUCGGAAUCGGCAAAAAAAUAUCGGACAUGCCUUUUUUAAAUAUAUAUAUUUUCUUUAAUUAAAUUGUUUUCUAAUUGUAUUUAACGUUACAGACAUAAUAUGUUACACUCAUCCAGAGCCUUUAGUUUAGGCUUCAGGUAGGGUUAUCAAAUUUAUCCCGUUAACGGCGGUAAUUAAUUUUAAAAAAUUUAUCACGUUAAAAUAUUUAACGCAAUUAACGCAUGCGCUGCACGACCCACUCACGCAUUGUCGCGUUCAAUCUGUAAUGGCGCCGUUUUACCUAUAUACAGUGCCUUGCAAAAGUAUUCGGCC